UGAUUCACCAGAAAAAAAUAUUCUGCAGGCGAAUCUGAACUAAAGAAAAUUCGGUAGUGGUACGUAAAAAUUUAGCAUACGUGACGUACCUAUUGUGUCAGACUUCCUGUUGGAUUGGACUGGCUUCUUUCUCGAAACUGAAAGUUUUGCGCAACAACAUUAAUGGAAAAGUACCUGGUUCCUCGGUUAGUGACAUGUUACAUGACUUCAGCUAAAUGACGUCUCUAUUUAUCAGAGCAUGGUCUGAACUAGUUGAUCGAUUGAAAAUUAAACCAAAAACUUAAAUUGAAAACAUUUUUUAUAUUUACAUGUACGUACCUAGGUAAAGAUAUCACUGUUUCACAACUUUUAAUCAGUUGAAAUUCGUUCAGCUAUACCUUUAUUUUUGGAUUUUUUUAUUUACUCAUUUGCUUGUCAGCGAAUUUAUCAAAUACUGUAGAUUCCAGGUCCUAGUGCGCCUGUUCAGUAAUAGAUCAUGUCACAGAUGACGUCAAAAUGUGGUAAAUACAAAAAAAAGUUACACAGGAGACGCAGCCGUGUGUUACUGAUGUUCUUACCAAAUUUUGAUGUCCUCUGUGAUCUAUUACUAUAAAGACCUUCGGCAUAGAAUCUAUUUGUUUUAGAUGAUAAAAAUGUUGUUAAUGGUGAUGUCAUCUGUGUCUAGGAACCAAUCAAAAUGCAUUUAAAAUUCAGCUUACCAUAUAUUAACCUAUUGAUACAUGAUAGAGUAAGUUAUCUAUUUGAUUCAUUGAUUGAUUGAUUUUCCAUCUUUCUGCAUAUGCAUACGUGUAACAAGUUAGUGAACUGUGUCUAUUGCUGCGUUAUUUCUGUCAUUCCUGCAGAAAACAUAAGAUGGAAUCGGAAGGUGAAGCCAGCAACAGCAAACAAACUCCUAAGAAAAGAAAACAUCACAAACACAAGUUUGGUUAUCAGUCUCAGCAGGUUAAGUCCCAGUGGAAAGUUCAUUUAAUCAGGAAAUUUGACUGCAUGCAGUUUUAAAUUUGCAUGACUUUGAUGAGACCUUAAUUUACACCUUGCAGGCUGAUACCCAAUCAGGAAAUUCCAGAUCACUGUCUAAACUGAAUGAGGUGCAAGGUGACUUAUUUUCAUGUCCUGUCAGUGAUUCCCUUGCUCACUGCAUAAGUGCUGAUGCCAGGAUGGGCAAAGGGAUAGCAGUCCUCUUUAAAAAUAAAUUUGGAGGAGUGGAGGAGAUCAAAAGUCAAGGUAUAUUUUUUAAGUAUGCUGUAUGGUCUUUAAAGGAAUCCUCAAUUAAAAAAAGGUUGAUUGAACCUUCAAUAAAGUAAUUGUAAUUGUGAUUCUGAAUAUCUUGUGUUUAACACAGUUUCAAAUUAUAUAAAGUUCUACAGGAUUUGCUGUUAGGCAGAAAUGGUAUUUCUCAGGAGUGCAUUUGAACUUGAGUCAUAUGCAUUACAGCUGAAUGCUUGAUCAUACCUAAACACUUACUACUUGAAUUUCAUUUAAGAUGUGUGAUGGCGGUAAUAACAUAAGCCGCCAGUUUUCACUUUAAAUUUCUAGCUCAGAAGUUCUACGUCUCUCCCCCACCCCUCAAUUAAAGGUGAAGCGUGAAGCUGCAAGAAAACAAUGUUCAGAAAUGAAGGUAAUUGUUGAAAGUGACUCAGUGGGAUUUCACAUCAGGUGACAGCUUCCACUGACCUUUUGAAUGGAAUUGUUAUUAAGUAUUGUUACAACAACCAUAAAGAACAUAAGUGUCUAAAAACUUUUUUUAGUUACACUACUUAUUAUAAGCUACAUGUACAUAAGACAUUUGUUUGCAUAAUUUCAGCAUAAUUAUUUGGAUAAAUAAUUUUUCUUUUAUCUUUAACUUAGGGCAGAAGCCAGGAGGUGUAGCUAUUUUGAAAAAAGGAGAAAGAUUUGUCUAUUACUUGGUAAAGGUUUUGAACUCAGGCUGUGACAAUUAAAUGAUUCAGAAAGUGUCAUCAUGAUGUGUUAAAACAAUAACUCAAAAAAAGUCUGUGUAAUUUUAUUACAAGCUUUUGGUGCAUGAUAUCUGUAAAACACGUCUCAGAUGAAGUUUCUGUACUUAAUUUCGACUUUCUGGAUGCACUGUUCAAAACAAACAUAAGCUUGCUAAACUUUUGUCUCUUCAUUUAUUAUUAAUAAAUGAUGAAACAGAUAAAAAUGAUUUGUAAGGGUUCCUUUGCAGUAUAUUCCAUUUCAAAUGAAAGGGCUCUUCAUAUGUGAAGAGGUUUAAAAAAUAGUUUUUUUCAAGUUUCCAGUGUCAAACACUAAUAAUAAUGCACUUUUGUGUCAUAUAUGCAAUGAUAAAAGAAAAAUGGCAACAAUUCCUAAUUACAGCUAUAGACUUAAAUAAUGGUUUGCUGAUCAAAAAUUAAUCUUUAUUUGUGCAAGGGGACUUUUGAUGGUUUGUAUUCUGUUUUCCUAUUAGGUCACCAAGGAGAAGUCUUUUCAUAAACCAACAUACAAAACUUUGCAGUCAUCACUAGAAGCCAUGAGAGACCAUUGUCUUACCCACAAUGUGAUUAGCCUAUCAAUGCCGAAGAUUGGUUGUGGCUUAGAUGGUCUGCAAUGGUACAGAGUUAGUGGUAUCAUACAUCAAGUAUUUCAAGAUACAAAUAUUAAUGUGACUGUUUAUAGCUUGUAGGAAUUAAAGGAUUUCAUUUUCAUCCAGAAAUCCUUAAAGAGUUACACGUUCAAAACACAUGAAUAAAAUGUGCAGCUUUAUUCAAUGUUCUUCUCACAAAUUGUUUAAAUUAGAAAGUUAAAAAAAAAAGUAUAUUUAAUUUGUUGCUGUUUCUCCAUUCAGAAUUUUGCAUGUGUUUAAUGUCUAUAGUGGAUCAGUGUAUCAGUUACAAAAUGCUCCUAAGAGGGUUGUAGCACAAGUGUCAAAGCUGCAGGAGAUUGGACAUGCUAGAGAAAAUUUUAGAGACAGGCCCUUGCUGUUUUGUCUCUUGAUGUACUUCUAGUGCUCUCUUACAGGCUAGUUGAUGUAGGAUAGUAAACUUAAGACUUUAGGAAGGUAAAUGUAGAAAAUACAGUUACCACUGAUGUUGUGAACAUAGAAAAUUCACAAAGUUUAAGGUCAAGAUAUAAAAGUUUACUUUUCUUAAUUACUAAACAUACAAGAUGGAUUUGCUUCUAAAUAGUAAGGCAUGAUAUUCUCUGUCCAAGAUGCAUUGUUUUAGGGUUGUAUAAAUGUUUUUGUUGUUGUUGCUUUUUUUUAGUGAUGUUUUUUCCUUAUUGUUAUAUGAAUAAGAAAGUAUUAAUAAACAGUCGAC